UCCCUUUCUGAAUUGGUUCUAUGUGGCCAAUAUGUUAACAUCUUUCGUGUGUGUGCGUGUGCGUGCGUGUGUGCGUUUAUGUGUGUCUGUGGGUGUCUGUGUGACUGUGUGUUAUCUCGUUGACAGGAUGAACCACACAUACAUUACUCUGACCCCCAGACCAUCAUGUGCAGCCUAUGACUGAAGUGUCUGUUAAACCCGGGAACGCGAUUCAAAAUUGAGUUGUGCUACAUCAUCGUAUCUCUGCGGUCCUGACUCCCAUUUUCUAAGAGUGAGCUCCACGUUUUCGGUCAUUUGGAUGAAGGUUUGACUAUGGGCGGGGAGGGCGCCGGUAGAUCAAACGGAGAGAUCCGGUCAGAGUGGCGGCCUGAACGACCACUGAGAGCCGAGGCGCGGACAGAGAGAGCGAGAUCGAGGGAAACAGAGUGAGAGAGGGCUCCAGAGUACCACAGUCACUUAAAGGACGGUUUCACUUGUCCCCUUGGCGCCUCUGACAACCUCCUGCACAAAUAAAUUAAUUAAACGAUACGACACCCAAUGUAGACGGAUUCAAAGUAAUAUCUAUAGGGGCUGAAUGAAGCGAUAAGCAAAGGUGGGUACCGUUUAUUAUCACUCAACUCAACCGUGGAGUGUUUUUGAGGAGAGGAUGCAGGAUGGGCGACCGGGUGGACGCGGCGUUUAAGACUACUGGAUCAAAGCUGCUCCUGCCUGUCAGUGAAUUCUUCGGGUUUCCUCUCGAUCAAGUCAACUUUUUAGCCUGUCAGGUGUUUGCUCUUGCGGCUGCCUUCUGGUUCCGUCUCUACCUCGGGCCCCGCCACGCCAGUCCCCUGCUCAGGCAUGCCGUGGCUAUACUGUUUGGCGUUGCCUUUGUCAUCUUCUGCUUUGGCUGGUAUUCAGUCCAUAUAGUAAUCCUCGUUAUGCUGAGCUACACGGUCAUCAUCACAUCGGACAUCAGUAACGUACACCGGUAUUCACUGGUGUUGUCCAUGGGCUAUCUGACUGUGUGCCAAAUCAGCAGAGUCUUCAUCUACAACUAUGGGAUAUUGUCCACAGACUUCUCUGGGCCUCUUAUGAUAGUCACCCAGAAGAUCACCACUCUGGCUUUCCAGUUGCAUGAUGGUAUUGGCAAGAAGCCAGAAGAACUAACCUUGGAUCAGAAGCGACUGGCUCUAAUCCAGCGGCCGUCUCUGGUGGAGUACCUGAGCUACAACCUGAACUUCCUCAGCGUGCUGGUGGGGCCCUGCAGCAACUACCAGGACUACGUGGACUUCAUAGAGGGCCGACACAUCCACAGGAGGCUCAGGCAGCAGGCCGAGGGGGCGGGCAACGGCCACCUCAACGGCUCCGACAAGAGCCCCGACCUCUCCCCUCUGGGGGCAGUGUGUUCCAAGCUGCUGCUGUGCGGCGGCUGCAUGCUCUUCUUCCUCACCGUCACCCGCUCGCUGCCCAUCAUGCACAACGUGGACACCCACUUCAUCGGCCACGCCCCCUUCCUCACCAGACUCGUCUACGCCUUCUUCUCAAUACAGGCGGCCAGGCCCAAGUUCUACUUCGCCUGGACGCUAGCCGAUGCCAUCAACAAUGCGGCAGGGUACGGUUUCAAGGGGAUGGAUGCCAACGGAAAGCCUUCCUGGGACCUGAUCUGCAAUCUCAACAUCUGGGGAAUUGAGACCGCUACAAGCUUUAAGACAUUCAUAGACAACUGGAAUAUUCAAACCGGAGUCUGGCUCAAAUCUGUGUGCUACGACCGAGCUCCUCACCAUCCCAUGGCGAUGACCUUUGUCCUUUCGGCGCUGUGGCACGGAGUGUAUCCCGGGUACUACUUCACCUUCAUCACGGCCAUCCCCAUCACCGCAGCCGCGAGGGCCGUGCGCCGGUGUGUCCGGCACCACUUCCUGUGCUCCAGAGGUGUGAAGCGGCUCUAUGACAUCACGACCUGGGCGGCCACCCAGCUAGCCAUCUGCUACACCGUCAUGCCCUUCCUACUGCUGGCAGUGGAGCCCACCGUGGUGUAUUACAGGUCCAUGUUCUUCCACGUCCACCUCAUCAGCAUGCUGGUGGCGAUCGCCCUGCAUUCAAAACACGCACCGGCCCCCAGACCACCACCCUCUUCCUCCAGCGCCCCCUCCCCCCUAUCACCCGACCGGCCCCACUGCCAGGACCCUCAUUCAAACAACAACCUCAAGGCAGAAUGAACCCCCCCACCCACCACAACCAACCACCACCACCACCACUGCCCCCACCACUGCCCCUCUCUGCCUCCCCAAACAGGGACCCCAGAGGUCCCCUCUUGGCAAACACAAACCCCUUCCCCAUGAGAACUUGGGGAAGAAGAAGGGCUCUUCUGUGACCCGACACCACUGGGGAAUGUGCUUGGGAAGCAUCGCUGUAACCAUUACUUGAAAUGACGGAAAUGUUAAGAAUGGCAGACGUUGCAGUCUGAUAGUAGGGAUUCCAGCUUGAGUGCUUCGAAUGUGCCACUAAUGUGCCACAAAUGUUCGUCCGGGAGCACACGCCGGCUCUGUUUCCCAGCAUCCUCUUGGGGUUGAGCUUACCGAUGGCGUUAAGGGUCCAGCUUUUUUUUCCAAAUAUGGUGCGUUUUGUUCACAUAAAGGAAGGGCGAAUUCACCUACAAUA